AUGGCCAAGAAAAAAAAAUUAACCGCUUUACAACAAGGUGGGAUCUUGUAUAGUCGCAAUCGUGAAGCAGGAACUACCGUAGUGAAAAAAUGUCCAGGCCGAAAGUCUAUUUUUGACACACCCGCACUAGAAGAACUUAAAAAACUUGUUAUACAAGAUACUAAUCAUUGUCGUCUAAAUGCUCGUGAAAUACAAGAAUUAUGGAAUAAAGAAAAAAAUCAAACCGUCUCCAUUUCUACAAUACGUCGUGCUUUGAAAAAAACUGGUCUUCAUCAUCUACAUUGGUCGACUCACCAAUGGCGAAAUAUCAUCUGGUCAGAUGAGUCUUUUUUUAGACAAUUUUCGUCAAGUCAUAAUAUCAGAGUUUGGCGUACCCCUGCUGAAGAAUUUGAUGAAUCAUGUCUUGUUCCUACUGUGGGUCGUAGUCCUGGUCGUAUGUUUUGGGGUUGUUUUUCAUGGCAUGGAUUAGGACCAAUUAUUCCAAUUCAUGGCUUUCCUAAUAGAAAAAGCAUUUUUCAACAAGAUAAUGCGCCCUCUCACAAAUCCAAAAAAGCUAUGGAUUUUUUUGAUAAUGCUGGUAUUUCUAUGUUACCCUGGCCACCGCAGAGCCUAGACUUGAACCCAUUAGAGAACCUUUGGCAAGAGAUUGAAAGCCAUUUACGCAGUUCUUUGGAUAAACCUACAAGCAUUAAAGAUUUGGAAGAAAAGGUCAAAGCUACUUGGAAUUCGAUUCCACCCAGAUAUUAUCGUGGGCUAGUCAAUAGUAUGCCCAAUCGG